AUGGCGCCCGUUCUUGAAUUAAGGGAUCUGUCCAAGUCGUAUGGCGCUAUAACAGUGGCCGACAAGCUCACCUGUAAGCUCGAACACGGUGAAGCGCUUGGCGUGAUCGGUCCCAACGGUGCCGGCAAGACAUCCAUGUUCAACCUGAUCACCGGAACGGUCCGGGCGGAUCACGGACAGAUACUCUUCGACGGCGAUGAAAUCACCAGAUUGUCCGCCGCCAGAAGGUGCCGCUCAGGCAUCGCGCGCUCCUUUCAGAUCCCGCAGCCAUUCGCCGGGAUGACCGUAUUCGAAAACGUUCUGGUCGCUGCAACCCAUGGCGCCAAGAUGCCGGCCCAACAAGCUGACGAAUAUUGCCUUGAGAUGCUGCAACUCACCGGCCUGAUCGACAAGGCGAACGAUGUUUCAAGCUCUCUUACGCUGCUUGGCCGCAAGAGACUGGAGCUUGCGCGCGCACUUUGCGCCAAACCUAAACUGCUGCUGCUGGAUGAAAUCGCGGGAGGCCUGACGGAAAACGAGUGUCUGUCUCUUGUCGAGACCAUCAACACAAUCCGUGCCACCGGAAUAUCGAUCAUCUGGAUCGAGCAUAUCGUUCACGCCCUUCUAUCGGUUGUCGACCGGCUGAUCGUCAUUGAUUUUGGACGGAAGAUCGCCGAGGGCGAUCCGAAGGAAACAAUGGCGAGCCGCGAAGCACUUCUGUCCACCCAUGGCCUCAACGCCCACUACGGCGAUUUUCAGGCCUUGUUCGGUGUCGACAUCAACAUUCACGCUGGCGAGGUAAUCGCGAUCAUCGGGGCAAACGGCGCAGGCAAAACGACCCUAAUGCGCUCGAUCACGGGAUUGCUCGCCAACAGGCCCGACAUGGUCACCUACCGCAAUACUCCGAUCGGCGCGCUGCGGGCGGACCAGGUAGCCAGGACAGGCAUCGCGAUGGUGCCGGAGGGGCGUCAGUUGUUUCAGUCGCUUUCCGUGGAGGAAAACCUGAUUAUCGGCGGCCAGAUCGGACGCAAGGGUCCCUGGGAACUGGAAAAGGUGUUCCGGCUCUUUCCGAUCCUCAAGGAGCGCCGCGCCGUUCCCUCAACGGCACUAUCCGGCGGCCAGCAGCAGAUGGUUGCGAUCGGCCGCGCACUCAUGUCGAACCCGGAACUCAUCCUCUUCGACGAAAUCAGUCUGGGUCUUGCCCCGAUCAUCAUCAAGUCGAUCUACGAAGUCCUGCCGGACAUCAUCGGCGAAGGCAUGAGCGCCGUCAUCGUGGAGCAGGACAUUGCCAAGGCCUUGAGCGUCGCCGGCAGGGUCUACUGCAUGCAGGAGGGCCGGAUAUCGCUGGAAGGCCGCUCGAACGAACUGACGCGCGAACAGAUCAGCGCCGCCUAUUUCGGAGUCUGA